AUGAAGCUCCACCAGAUUUCAUUAUUACAAUGUCUGUUUGGUAUUUUGGUAUUGUCACAAGUGCAAUUUUUCAAUAAGAUCAUGGAAACGACAGACAGGUUGUUGCUUCAGAAUAUCAGCGACUUUUUAACAACAAAAAGACACUGGAACUUAUCGUAUGCUCCAUAUCCAGUAAUAUGUCCCAAACAUAACUUGAUAAGAGAAGCCAAUGAUACUAUAUGUAAAAAGGAAGCUCACUAUAUAGCCAAUAGAAAUAUCAAAACCGAGUCCAAUAUUAAGUCGCUUUUGUACAAGAAUAAAAUUCCCAAUUUUGAUAUUGAACAAUUCUGGUUCCGAUAUAAGAAAAAGCCAACAAUAAUAGCCAUUGCUUUGAGCGGAGGUGGUUAUAGGUCGAUGCUAGUUGGUGCUGGUAUAAUUCAGGGAUUGGAUGAUCGAGAGUUGAACAAUUUGACUUUUGCGAGUGGGAUUUUGCAAGCUACUAGUUAUAUUGCUGGGAUUAGUGGCGGGUCAUGGCUUGUAAUUUCUCAGUUUGUCAAUGAUUUCAAGAAGAUCAGUGAGAUGAUGGGUGGGGUAGAUGAGGAAGUAGACGAUGACGAAGGAUGGAACUUGAAAGAACCAUUAUUGGAAGGAAUGCCUGAUGUUGAUCCAACCAAAGAAAGAGGAGAUUUUGAGGAAGCUUGGAAGGGGGAAGAAGAAGGAGAAGGAGAAGGAGAAGGAAAAGGAGAAGGAAAAGGAGAAGGAAAAGGAGAAGGAGCGUCUUCUGUGUUUGCUGGUGCUAUUAAAAAGGAGCCACAUAUAGAACCGGCUAAAGGUGAUAAAAGUUUUGUUAAUUGGUUUAAAUUUGUGAAUCUUGGGUUUUUCCGUAAGAAGGAUGAUAUUAAAACAAUAGAUCCCUUGCAGAAAUGGUUGACGAGCUUUUUGACCAACGGUACAAUAACUACAAAUGCAAACGAAAACUUGAUGGUUUCUAAAUAUCUCAAGUUUUACAAAGAACUUUUAAUUGAAGUGAGAGAUAAAAGAAAAGCGGGGUUUUAUACCAGUCUCACUGACUACUGGGGAAGAGCCUUAGCUAGAAAGAUAUUCACAAGUGCAGCACGAACCCCCGGAAUAACAAUGACAUCGGCUGCCAGGUAUCUUGAGUCGUUUCAAAGCUUUGAGCAACCUUUCCCCAUCAUCGGAACUAUUGAACGAGAUCCUGCAGCAGCAGCAGCGGAUAAGGAUCCAAGUGCAAAAGUAUCGAGUAUUGAUAGUCACAUUUUUGAAUUUACUCCGUACGAGUUUGGCUCUUGGGAUUGUUACUUAAAUGCCUUUGUUGAUUUGGAAUAUUUGGGAACUCGUUUAUCUAACGGGAUGGCAACGGUAAAAAGAGACAAUUUGACGUAUUGUGUGUCGGGGUUUGAUAAUGUAGGGUUUUUAGUUGGGACUUCUUCUUCCUUGUUUAAUCACAUUUUCAAAUACAUUUAUCAACUUUUCCACAAGUAUCAACUGGAAAUAAUGUCUUCAAUUGAAGAUAUCCUCAAGUUAUUUGGUUUUAGUUCAGAGUGGAAUUAUUUGAAAGUGCCGCAAAUGCACCCGGAUUACGCAUUAUACUCGCCUAAUCCGUUCUUCAACUACAGCAAUUGCAACAGCAAGAGUAGCACCACCACCAAUAAUCACAGUUUCUGUAGCAAUAAUAUUGGAGUCGGUAGAAACCCUGAUUUGUACCUAGUUGACGGAGGCGAUGACGGCCAAAAUAUCCCGUUCCAGCCACUUUUAAGGAAAUCACGAAAAGUUGAUAUCAUUUUGGCCUACGAUAUGAGUGGAGAGUUGGACAACUACCCCAAUGGAACUGUUUUGCAAAAGACUUCUAGUAGGUUUAACCAAAUACCAAUAAAUGCAAAAAACGCUACCGGGUUGCAAAUUCCUUAUUUUCGAUUACCUUAUCAAAGUGGCCAUGGAGAUGAAGUAAGAUCAAUAUUCCCCAAAGUUCCUACACAAGAGCAGAUUAUAAAACAGGGUUUAAACAAGAGACCUAUAUUCUUAGGAUGUGAUUUGGUAAACGAUUUUGAAGUUUUGAAUGUUGGAGAGGAAAACGUGCAAAUUUAUGACAAAGAGUAUCAGCCUCCAGUAAUCAUGUAUCAACCUAAUUCCAACUAUAUCCACGAAACCAAUAUGUCAACGUUUAAGCUUAGCUAUAACAAGACAGUAGCCCAUAAGAUGUUGGAAAACGGUCUCCAAAUAGCAAGUUUCUACAACUCUUCCCUUUUUGCUGUUUGUUUAAAUUGCAUGAUUUUGAAAAGAGAAUUUGACAGAGCUCAACUCCAUCCUGACAACAAUGAACCUUUUAAGGAACCUUUUAAGGAACCUUUCAAGGAACCUUUCAAUGUACCAAAGUUUUGUCAAGCUUGUUAUGACGCCUACUGUUGGACCUCUGAAAGCUUACAGUUGAGAGUCUUCCUUUUAACAGGACUAGUACUUGUAUUGGUAUUUGUCUUACAUCGAGUUGGGCAGAAUGCCGCUUCGUUGGUGCACUCACAAGCUUCAGAUCAAAUUGGUAACAAGAUACAUGCAAAUAAACAACCAAUAGAUGCCAAUCAAGUUGGUGUACCUACUAAUAAAAAGAAUCCUAUAGUAGUAUCGAAUAAUUUGGUGAACUCCAAUAACGAUGAAAAGACAGACAAUGCAAUAAAUAAGGAGAUAUCCAAAGGUAAGAGUGAAGAAGGUAUCAAGGAGAUAAGCAAGGACCAAUCAAACAGUGACACUGGCGGUAGUAGCAGCAACGGCAUUGGCAACGGCAUUGGCAGUGGCAUUGGCAGCGGCAGCAGUAACAAGCAAGAGACUGUGAAUGACAAUGGAGAAUAUGACCCACAAGCCGAUUUGAUGACGGUCCGUGCUUUAUCACCAAUGACUAUAUUUUCCAAAAGUCAAUGUCCAUAUUCCAAAAGAUUAAAGAAAUUACUCGAAAAGUAUGAGAUUUUACCUGAACCAAAGAUUGUAGAGUUAGAUAUUCAUGAUCACGGCAAGGAAUUGCAAAAUUAUCUAUUAGAAAAGACAGGCAGAGGCACAGUGCCCAAUGUCCUUGUUGGCUCAUCAUUGGAAAGCAGAGGUGGGUCUGAUGAUUUUCAAGAGUAUCAUAACAAGAAUCAACUUGCAAAAUUGUUGACUAGUUGGGGACAAGGUCAAUUACAGGUUGCUAAAAUCGAUACGCCAUCAAACGCAUGA